AUGCUGAGCCGCCAGCUCGUGCGAGCCUCGCCAUGGCACACGUCCCCCGUAUGCCUCUUUGGCGCUGCCCGCGGCCGGCCCUUGAGCGCCACGGCCGUGGUCCUGAAGCAAAGCGCUGCCAAAAAGGCGGCGGCCAAGACAGACGGCAAAAAGAGCACAAAGGCCAAGGACAAGUCCAAGGCUGCCCCCAAAAAAGACGCCAAAAAGGCAAAGCCCGCCAAGGACGACGCCGACGACAGCCCCAAGUCUCUCAAAGACGCAUUGCUGGGCGACAAGGCCAGUAGGCAGAAACGCAAGGCCGCAGCGCGCGAGAAGCUGGACAUUGUCUCCAUUCAGGCUGAAGAGCUCCAAUUCGAGCCUGUGCAUGUGGAAAGGCCGCCCGUCCCCAUGCUGUCCUACGGGCUUGACCGCGUGCUGUUCAACCCGGGCGUCUACCGCCUGCAGGACCCCCGCUCGAGGGUCUACAACUUCGAUCCCUAUCUCGAGAAGAUCAUGCCAGCCCACGAGUUCGACUUUGAGGCCCUGAGCGAGUACAAGACGUCGUCCAAGGACGAGGAGCUGCUCGCCCUGACCAAGCGAGUUGGCUCCAAGUUCACUGGCUCCACGUCCAGCAUGUCGGGCAUCCUGCAGCACUUUCACUUUGUCCUCUCAAACUUCCGCCCGCUCAACCACGACAUGCUUUCUCGUCAGUUUCCAGACCCGUCGUCCAACUUCUCGAGGAUUACGCUCGGCCCCAGUGCCGUUUUCCUGCGACACAAGGACGGCGUCUAUGCAAUUGAUGCCGACAAAUCCUACGACAGGCCCAACAUCAUGAGCUGGCUCGGCCAUUCGUUGGAGAAACUGCUCACCACCGAGCGCAGCGAAUUCGAACGAUAUCGCAGGUCGAACCCUGAGCAGGCGCCCACCGAGGACAAUGCCAGCCGUUGCUACCACUAUUCCAAACAAGGCAACAUCAUGAUGCGCUCCCAGCUCGACGCAGUGGACCCGCGACUCCCCGGCACUGGCAUCUUCGACUUGAAGACACGAGCUGUCAUUUCAAUCCGCAUGAACCACCGGGAAUACGAAGAAGGCUCGGGCUACCAGCUCCGACACGCCCUGGGCGAAUGGGAGUCUUUCGAGCGCGAGUUCUACGACAUGACGCGCGCCACCCUGCUCAAGUAUUCACUGCAAGUUCGCAUGGGCCGAAUGGACGGCAUCUUCAUUGCCUUUCACAAUAUUGAGCGCAUCUUCGGUUUCCAAUAUCUCAGCCUACCCGACAUGGAUGCUGUUCUGCAUGGACAGCACGACACAUCGCUGGGAGACCGCGAGUUCAAGAUCUCCAUCAACUUGGUUGACGAACUGCUGACCAGGGCUACGGCUCAGUUCCCCGACACUUCUAUACGGCUGCACUUUGAGGCACGUGAUUCCAAAACCCCGUUCAUGUAUGUGUUCGCCGAGCCCGUCACCGAGGAGCAGGCAGACGAAAUUCAGACGGCGGGAGAGGAUGCCCAGCAGGAAUUUGCGCGGACUGUUGUUGGCAUAUCUGAGAAUGACCGCAAGACUCAAGCCGCCUGGCAGGAUAUUCAAGACAAUAUUGACGAGCAGGUGGGUGAGGACCAAAAUAGCAUCUCGGAAGCCGAAAGCGGUGAAGAGAGCGUAGCCCAAGAAGAGCCUCUGGAUAACACCGAGGACGGCUCUGAAGAAACUGCCGAGGAGACUGCCGAGGAGACUGCCGAGGAGACGACCGAGGAGACGACUGAGGAGACGACUGAGGAGACGACCGAGGAGAUGACCGAGGAGAUGACCGAGGAAAAUGCAGCAAACGCAGAACCGAUUCCCGAUCCUGAUUUGGGAAAGCCAUUAAUGGGAUGGAUAUUGAGCGUCCGCAAUCUGGUCAAUGGAGACUAUGUGGAAAGGCCCGUAGACUUUACAGACGCGGAUGAAUGGAAGGUUGAGUAUAACAUCAAGGAAAUCCAGGAAAAGUCACGUUGGAGGCUGUACAAAGCGCUGCAAGAACGGCGGCGUCAACUUAUUGGUCUGGACGAAGAAGAAACAGACAAGAAACUCAAGAACUACCGCGAACUCAUUGCAAGCUUCAGCCACCGCGGACGUCAAUGGAGGCUGGAGCAAGAUCAACUCGACAAAGACAAGGGCGUGGAAGUGUUCAGGCCGCUGGGGCCAGGUUCAGAAGCUGCUCGUUUGCUUGAGGAAGCUGGGGCACCUAAGAUGGAGGAGGAGAAAGUGGCCGACGAAACAAAAGAGGCCGAAGCAGCUACUGAGGAGAAGGAAGAAGUACUGGAAGAUGUGCCGGCAUCCCCAUCGUAGUAGCAAGGCGCUGUGCAAUACUGGGGGGUUCAUGAAUCGAUGCGAAGAUACGACUGUAUGUAUUGGAUGGCCAUGUAAAACAAAUGUACAAAGAUGUAUCAAUAGAAAAGUAGAAAGUGACCUAGUCACGUGGCAUAGC